ACGUCCAUAUCGUCGUUCAUAUGUGCAAUUUUAUUUUUGUGAGCGCUUCAAAUUACUGGUUUAUGAUUCCUGUAAUUCUUCAUAUAGUGAAUGAUUGAAAAUAUAAAAAUUACACGAAUCAAAUCUGAUAAUAAAAUUCGAAGCCUUCAAUUUAAUUCUCAUUCGAAUAUUAUUUAACAUAUUUGUGUAUGAACACGUAUAAAAUUAUUUUCUCAAAAAACCCGCUUCUUGAUCACAUAACGCAACAGGCAAUCCGCCGGUAUCCGCCGGCAAAGAGGAAGAUUAUACCUAUUCUUUGCCGCAUGUUUCCAUCCUCUAAUUCAUGUUUAAAAUUGAAAAAUAUAAGUACUUCUAUUGUAAAGUAUAACCUAUAAUAUACAAAAAUGGAAAAAAAUGAUCAAAGAGACAUUUGUGUAGAAUUGUUGCUACAAAUAGAAGAAAACAAAACUUCAUCCGUAUUUGAAACAGCAAUUAGUACAUUACAACGUUAUGCAGCUACACAAGGAUUCGAAAAAGAAGACUUUGAGUUAUUAGCUGGUAUUAUUGUGAAAAUUAAUACGAGUGCUACUAGAAUGGUGUCUUUGACAAAAUGUUUAGUUCCAAAAUUUAAAGUUUCUAAUAAGGCAUUUAAAAAAAUUACUUCUUGGUUCUUAUCGUCAGUGGAUAAAUUGCCUAUUACUGUAUCCAUUAGCAUUACACAGUGGAUAAUUGGUUUAUGGGACCAUCACUUAGUAGAUAAAAGAGUUGUAAAUAUAUAUUAUAGUGUAUUUUUUUGUGUGAUGUUAAAAAAAGAAAAAUUGGAAAAGCAUCUAGCACGUUUGGUGUAUGUAUUAUCAAAACCUGAAGAUGUAACACGUAAAAAUGUAUGUCGCUUAUUAGCUCUGCGUAAAACACAUUCAAAACCUAGAACACACAUUAUUGUUAUACUGUCAUUAUUCAAGGCUUACAAACCUGAAUUGGUUCCUGAAAGUAUUCAUUCUGUAAAUGUAGAAAGUGUAUGGAAACCACUACCCGAAGUUUUACAAGAAAUAUUUCAAAAUGCAAAAACGCGAGUAGAUCUCAGAUAUCAGCAAACAUCUGAUAUAGAUGAGAAAUGUUUUAAUUGGAAUACGUUUGAGGUGAAAACAAAAAGACAGAAAACUACACAAGUUCUGUUACCAUCUGUGGGAUAUUUUCAAAUUGGUUCUAGUAUCUUCAAAGAAAAAGAAACGACAUCCAUUUUUGAUAUUUCCAACACAGAGGAAUUGGGAAAAUCACAUUUAAACAUAGAAUUGCCAUGUAAUGCUGUAUCUCUAUUAGCUAAUACAGCUGGACACCAUCUUCUUACAUAUGCUGAUUUCCACUAUCAAAGUAGAUUCUCUUAUAAUCUUUAUAAUACUUUAAUAAGAGCAUUUAUAUUGGAAAAUGAGAAAUUUUCUGAAGAAGAAAUUAAUAAAUUACUUGACAUGACUAUAGAAUUUUCACGAUACAUGCAACAAGGUAUACUUGUUGUUAAUCGUUUCCUUGAUGAAUACCUUUAUUUCAACACUGGAGAGUAUCAAUCAAAGUUAUUGGCUCUAAUGGAAUGGAUGACUACAGUAUCUAUUAGUGAUUUACAGGAUAAGGUAUUAAUACAUGUACAAAAUAUGUUUUAUGAAUCAACAAUAGAAAUAAAGUGUGAAAUUAUCAGAAUGUUAAAAAAGUUGAUCACAAACUUGUUUGUUGCUCAAGGAUUUGAAGAAUGUGAUCGCACAAUACCUGCACCAUUUUUAGGUCAACGUCCAGUAGACAAGUUAGAAGAUAUUCUUCCUAUUCUUACAAAAUUCACUCAAAAUCUUAUUGUAUCUGGUUUAAAUAUACAUAAUUACAACGGUAUAUUACUUGUAGAAGCAUUGUCAUUUUAUAACGAGAUUUGUACACUGGAAAUGCGAAGUUACUUGCUUUGUUUUACAGUAGCACCUGCUGCAGUAAUUUAUGGAGGUUUCCUUACCAAAAAUUGUACAAUUUUAUCAAAGACAUGCCAGUUACUAUUAAAGUAUCGUAGUAUGACUUUAAAAUUUGAACAUCGUAAAUUAUCAAGUUCUUUAAGAAAAAAAAUUCAAAAUAUAUCUAUUUAUGCUCAAUCUAUUAUUGAAGCUCUAUGGUUUGAUGAGUCGAUUACAGAAAGAGAUAAAUUAUAUUUUUUUCAAAAUAUACCAGAUAAUGUGAUAAAAUAUAUCAGCUAUGAUGACUUUAAGAGUCUUUUAAAUAUUAGUAAUCACUAUAGCAUUUUACCUUACAAGUGUACACUAAAAAAAACAGGACUUAACAUAAAUACAAAACAGGUAAAUAGAAUGUGCAACACAAAACAAGAAUUUGAUAUUAAAAAUAUACACAUCAAAGGUUCAAUAAAAAAUCUAAACAUUUACAUUUAUAGCAAUAAAUGUUUGAUAUUUAUACUGCAUCUGUUACCCUUAAAUACGGAGCCGAACAGUACAGUAUAAAGAUAGCAGUUAAAUUAUAAAUUAUUGUUAAGAAAAAUUUAUUGUAGAUAUAUAAUGUUACAUUAAUAAACCAUAAUAAUAUCUUAUUGUCAUGAA